GAGAAUUAAUGUCUACUGGCGUUGAAAAUAAUGUAGACAUAACGUUUAAUGAUGGUCCUGGUAAUGACGGUACUGGUAAAACCAGUAACAUAAGAUUCAGCAACAAUCCUGAAUGUCUUACAAGAGAUAAUGAAAAAUUAGCACAAGAAUUCAUGUUGCCUAGCCCUGAAAAUACUGUAAACAUAUGUGAUCUUGGUGAAACUGGAGCUAUAGGUUCUAGUGGCAGUUCUA